GACGCACAGGAGUACAACUAUCGCCGUAACGACUCGAGAGCUUCACCACAGAUAUUCCGAGUACCGUAGCCCGCUCAAUCAUACAUCUUCUUAACAUCCACACCCAUAAUGCCACCCAAAGCCGCAAUCCGCGGCACUGCCGUCGGACGACCUGCACAACAACGUGGCAAUUACGCCAGCCAGAUCUUCAACGAGCUUACCAGCCCCGAGAACCGAAGCGUGGUCACGGCGGUGACUUUCUUUGCUGCCGGCGUUGCGUUCCUACAUAGCAGCUGGAGCGAGAUUCUCCUACCUCCCCUCUAAACCGAGCACUUG